AUGCAGACACAGCUUCCACAGAGAACACUGCUCAGUCUGGUCCUCAGUCUCCUGUUCCUGAGCAUGGCACAAGCCACACGCGGCUGCUCCAGCUCUUCCCCACAGCUCCUCAGCCAGCUGCAGAAUCAGGCGAACAUCACGGGGAACACAGGAUCACUCUUGGAGCCCUAUAUUCUCCUCCAAAGGCUGAACACAUCUGCCCUGAGAGCUGCCUGCACAGAAUACCCUGUGACCUUCCCGAGUGAGGACACCCUACGGGCACUGAGCAAGCCUCGCUUCCUCAACACUGUCCACGCCACACUGGGCAGAGUCUGGCGUCAACUGGGUGCUUUAAGACAGCAAAUUCCGAAGAUUCAAGCUUUUCCAGAGCUGGAGAGGGCCAGGCAGAACAUCCAAGGCAUCAGAAACAAUGUCUACUGCAUGGCGCAGCUGCUCCACCAUACCCUGGAGAUACCCGAGCCCACACAGGCCGGUUCUGGGACCUCACCGUCCAUUUCCACAACACCAAGCAUUUUCCAGGCCAAGCUAGACAGCUGCCGCUUCCUGUGGGGUUACCACAGAUUCAUGGGCUCAGUGGGGAGGGUCUUCAGGGAGUGGGGAGAUGGCUCCAGCCGCAGCCGGAGACACAGCCCGAGACACAGCCCGCUCCGGGCCUGGCGCAAGGGAGCCCGCAGAAUCAGACCCUCCAGGAGCAGCCAGAGCCCCAUGUCCAGGGUCAAGGUGCCCCGGUAG